AUGAUAGUUACCACCUGCAGUUGCGAUUUUAAGAUAUCCGAUGCAUUCCCUCUGGGUUCUCCAGGACAGUGUGAUGGAAGCGCCCCGUGUGAGGUGAGUUCUGACACAUCAGCAGAAGCAAAGAGUCCCUGCAGAACUGAGGGACAGGAGGAGGAGUUCAUCUGCACACGUUGUGGGAAGACGUUCCCGGACGCUCUUGAACUGAAGACGCACAAGCAGCAGCACAGCGCGGGGAAACGGUUCAGCUGUUCAGAGUGCGGCAAGGGUUUCACUUCCUCCAGCGUCCUGGAGAAGCACAAGCUGGUUCACAGCAGGGUGAAACCGUUCACCUGCUCUGUGUGCGGCAAGAGCUUCUCCCAGUCACACAUCCUUAAAGCGCACGAAAGCACUCACACAGGGCAGAAACAGCACGCUUGUGUGGAGUGCAGAAAAUGCUUCAGGUACAAAUGCUUGCUAAAGGCCCACCAGCGUGUUCAUACCAGAGAGAAACCUUUCACUUGUGAGCAGUGUGGAAAGGGCUUCUCCCGGAAGAAUGGUCUAAAAACUCACCAGGUGACUCACACAGGAGAAAAGCACUUCAGCUGCAUAGUGUGCAAUAAGAGCUUUUACAAACUAAGUCAUCUUGUAUCUCACCAAAGGGUCCACACGGGGGAGAAACCGUUCAUUUGUGAGCAGUGUGGAAGGUGCUUCUCCCAGAAGAGCAAUCUUAAAAUUCACCAGGUUACUCACACAGGCGAGAAAUGCUUCAGCUGCAAAGUGUGCAAUAAGAGCUUUUCCCAACUAACUCAUCUUGUAUCUCACCAAAGGAUCCACACGGGGGAGAAACCGUUCACUUGUGAGCAGUGUGGAAAGUGCUUCUCCCAGAAGUACAAUCUUAAAACUCACCAGGUGACUCACACAGGAGAGAAAUGCUUCAGCUGCACAGUGUGCAAUAAGAGCUUUGCCUAUCUCAGUGUUCUUAAGAAACAUCAGAGAGGCCACACUGGGGAGAAUUGCUUUAUUUGUGCACUGUGCAAAAAGGUUUUGACCACUAAACGUAGUCUCAAAUCUCACCAGUGUCCACACAGGAGAGAAACUAUACCUCAGGUUGUGGGAAGAACUUUGCUCGACUAA